AUGAUCGAUAUGCUGCACCUACAAGGGAGCCCCGUUGUGAAUGUGGCCGUUGUCCUGGUUUGUACAACUCUCACCUACCAGGUUACGAUGUGCUUUUACAACUACUUCUUUCAUCCACUGGCCAGGUAUCCAGGACCCAAGCUCGCAGCCAUUUCUGAAUUAUGGCUGUCCAAGCGUUGGGCUUUUACUCUCCUUGACGCAUCCAGGAAAUACGGUGAUGUGAUCCGUAUCGCUCCAAAUGAGCUCUUCUUUACAUCAUUCGAGGCCUUUGAAGAAAUUUAUGGACACACCAAUCAUAGCAAGGGCAGAAAGCCAUUUCUCAAAUCCGAAUUCUACGAUAAUCCUGAUGAAAUGUCACCCCUCGGGGCUGAACGAGAUCCUGUCCGCCAUAGGGAGACGAGGAAGAUGCUUGCUCAUUCGUUUAGUGAAUCGGCGCUCACCCAGCAGGUCCAAUUUAUUAUGUCCCAUAUAGAUCUUUUCAUGAAACAGAUUGAGAAAUAUGGAUCAAAUGAAAAUGGCAUUCAAGUUGACGAGUGGUUCAACUGGCUUACCUUUGAUAUCAUUGGCGACUUGGCAUUUGGCGAGUCCUUCCACGCAGUUGAACAAGUUAAAUCCAACCCAGCCGUCACAGCCCUAAUGAACGUUCUGUUCACGGGCUCAGUGGUUAAUAUAUUUCGGAGAAUGCCAUACCUCUGGCCACUUGCCCCCUUUAUGUUACCUAUCUCUAAAUUACAGAAGGAACGAAAACUCCAUCAGGAAUUUGCCAGAGAAUUAAUUGUCAAGAGAAUUGCCAAGGGCAACGAUCGAGCGGACUUUUUUGGACAUUUGCUCGGCGAUGAGAAGACACGCCCGUCAGAAGAGUUCCUUCGCACCAACGCAAGUUCCCUGUUGAUCGCUGGCUCUGAGACUACCGCCACCGCGCUUUCAGGGAUGACAUAUUACCUCCUCGAGCGUCCUGAAUGCCUGCAUGCAUUGCAAAACGAGGUCAGAGGUGCGUUUCGGAGUGAUGAUGAGAUCAACGAAACAAGCACAAGAGACCUCGUCUACGUUGAUGCCGUCAUUAAAGAAGCUCUGAGAAUUUUUAUCCCAUUGCCGAUCAACGUUCCUCGAGUUAGCCCUGGCGCUAUGGUUGAGGGGCAUUAUAUACCUGAAGGGGUAAUUGUCUCGGGUCACCAAUACACCCUCGGUCACAGCGAGAGAUAUUUUGCUGAUCCGGAAGAGUUCCACCCGGAGCGGUGGCUUCCCAGUACGCACAAGUUAUACAGCCGUCGAUAUGCUGAUGAUAAUCUUGACGCGUCCAAGCCGUUCCUAAUUGGCCCAAGAACGUGCCUUGGGAAGAAUCUAGCAUAUCUGGAGAUGCGGAUCAUUCUUAGUAAGCUGGUGUUCCUCUUUGAAUGGCAGGCUCUUGAUGAGCUCGGCGUGGGGAACAAGGUUGAUUGGAGUCGAGAUGUGAGAGUUCAGUUUUUGUGGUCCAAACCAGACAUGAGGGUCAGGUACACGCGGAGGAAAUUCUAG